CGUUCCGUGGGGACGCGAGCCUCUGCGGCCCUUCCGCAGGAGCCCGGCCCGAGGCAGCAGAGCAGACUGCAGGCGGGGCAGACUUGCCGGUGGGACGCUAAACGGGGUCGGGAGGAGCACUGAGCGACCGCGGUGACCACAGGCUGCUGCUGACCUGACUGCGCUGGUCUGGCUGCUGAGCACGGCCCAGAGACCGGUAGACCUGCGGGCUGCUUUCCGCCAGGACUUUGGAAAGGAAGCAGGAGGGAGGGAGGGGUCGGCGCCGGGAACUCUUGAGUUCACUGAAGCCCAGUCCACUAUGAUCCUACUCGCCCUUGGCUCUGGAAGACGGCUGGAUUUCGUGCAUCACCCGGGGGCGAUUUUUUUGCAAACCUUGCUUUGGAUUUUGUGUGCUGCCGUCUGCGGAACGGAGCAGUAUUUCAAUGUGGAGGUGUGGCUGCAGAAGUACGGCUACCUGCCCCCAACAGAUCCCCGGAUGUCAGUGUUGCGUUCAGCAGAGACCCUGCAGUCUGCUCUGGCAGCCAUGCAGCAGUUCUAUGGCAUCAACAUGACAGGCAAGGUGGACCGGAAUACCAUUGACUGGAUGAAGAGACCUCGGUGUGGUGUGCCUGACCCGACAAGAGGCAGCUCCAAAUUCAACAUCCGUCGGAAGCGAUAUGCAUUAACAGGCCAGAAGUGGCAGCACAAACACAUCACCUACAGUAUAAAGAACGUAACUCCAAAAGUAGGGGAGCCUGAAACCCGUAAAGCAAUUCGCCGUGCCUUUGAUGUGUGGCAGAAUGUGACUCCUCUGACAUUCGAAGAAGUGCCCUACAGUGAAUUAGAAAAUGGCAAACGAGAUGUGGAUAUAACCAUCAUUUUUGCUUCUGGUUUCCAUGGAGACAGCUCACCUUUUGAUGGAGAGGGAGGGUUUUUGGCACAUGCUUACUUCCCAGGACCAGGAAUUGGGGGAGACACUCAUUUUGACUCUGAUGAGCCAUGGACACUAGGAAAUCCAAAUCACGAUGGAAACGACUUGUUCCUCGUGGCAGUUCAUGAGCUGGGCCACGCUCUGGGCUUGGAGCACUCCAAUGACCCCACUGCUAUUAUGGCCCCUUUCUACCAGUACAUGGAGACUGACAACUUUCAGCUGCCCAGUGAUGACCUGCAGGGUAUCCAGAAGAUCUAUGGUCCACCAGACAAGAUGCCUCCACCAACUAGACCUCUUCCCACAGUGCCCCCACACCGCUCCCUCCCCCCAGCUGACCCGAGGAGAAAUGACAAACCCAAGCCACCCCGGCCACCCACAGGCAAACCCUCCUACCCAGGAGCCAAACCCAACAUCUGUGAUGGCAACUUCAACACACUCGCCGUUCUCCGCCGGGAGAUGUUUGUGUUCAAGGAACAGUGGUUCUGGCGUGUGAGGAACAACAGGGUCAUGGAUGGGUACCCCAUGCAGAUCACUUACUUCUGGCGUGGCUUGCCUCCGGGUAUCGACGCAGUGUACGAAAACAAUGAUGGGAACUUUGUCUUCUUCAAAGGUAACAAAUAUUGGGUGUUUAAGGACACGACUCUUCAACCAGGUUACCCUCAUGACUUGAUUACUCUCGGAAGUGGAAUUCCCCCUCAUGGCAUCGAUUCAGCCAUUUGGUGGGAGGACGUUGGGAAAACCUAUUUCUUCAAGGGGAACAGGUAUUGGAGAUAUAGUGAAGAAAUGAAAACCAUGGACCCUGGCUAUCCCAAACCCAUUACAGUCUGGAAAGGUAUCCCUGACUCUCCUCAGGGAGCAUUUGUGCACAAGGAGAACGGGUUUACAUAUUUCUACAAAGGGAAGGAGUAUUGGAAAUUCAACAACCAGAUACUCAAAGUAGAACCUGGAUAUCCCAGAUCCAUCCUGAAGGACUUUAUGGGCUGUGAUGGACCAACAGACAGACACAAAGAAGGACACAGCCCUACUGAUGAUGUCGACAUUAUCAUCAAACUGGACCACACGGCCAGCACUGUGAAAGCCAUCGCCAUUGUCAUCCCAUGCAUCCUGGCCCUCUGCCUGCUGGUACUGGUCUACACCGUGCUCCAGUUCAAGAGAAAAGGGACUCCUCGGCACAUACUGUACUGUAAACGCUCCAUGCAGGAGUGGGUGUGACAUGGGGCUUCCAACUGCUUUUCCAGGAGUUGGUGAUCACUUGAGAUGUGAGACAAGAGCUGUUAUGCUGGUUCCUAGUUCAGAGCAGACUGGUGGCAGCCUGGUUUGGGGCUGACCUUUCAAACCAGAGGGUUGCUGGUCCUGCGCAUGAGUGGAAAUUCAGUUGUGGGGACGCUUCCAUGAUGCAAGUCCCUACCGUCCCUCAGUCCUUUGUCUUUCUUUGUCUUUCCAUUCUAGGCCUUUCCUCUGUAUGCUUGAUGCCCAGGACAUUUUCAGGAGUAACAUCAGAAGAGGAAACCAAGAAAAAGAUUCUUCCUAAUUGUUUCAAAUAGGAUUGUACUUCUGAAGUCUGAGCCCAUUUCUGGGGUUGUAGGGUAGGGAGAAAAGCAAAAGGAAGAACCCGCACAUUUUUGCUUUACAGCCAAGAAAAUUUUAAAAGGUUAAACAAAACAACUCAUAGUUGAACUUUCAGGAAAGUGGAAGACCUAGAACAGCUUAGUCUCCAAAGAGCGUGCUCUGACCUCUCCAGGAAGUCUGCUGUGCUUGCCAGUGUUGAGGCAGCAGGUCAAGACUGGGGAGCCAUUCCAGCCAACAGGGGCCAAAUUCUCUGCAAUAUAGUAACAGCCUUAAUAACAUUCCAUUUUUUUUUUGUUUUCUACAGCUAUUCUCAGCCAUGUCCUUACUGUCCCAGCCCAUUUGUACUUAGAGCUCUACUCAAACAGGACUUUGAAUUGUUUGAAAAUGUUUCCAGAAGUGUGUCCUUCCUGCCACCUCGUGUUGUCAUUGUGGGACCUCCCCAAGCUGUUUUAGGCCAUUGCCCUAGGCCUCCCCUGGGUCUGUUGGGAAUAUUCAUUCUAUGAGAGUGAGAAGCAGCAUGUUCCUAACAUGGUGUGAAGUGACAAUUGCUUACAAGGCAAUGUGACAUUAUAAUCCAGUGGUGGAACCCUUUGAGAACUAUCAAAUCAGCUUUCAGAGUCAAUGUGUUGUCAGUUUGGCUAUCUGGUGAAUUUUGAACAAUUGGGCAAUGGUGACAGUAGUCUCAGGGUCAGGAAUGUCAGGUUUUUAAAACAGGUAUCCUACAACCCUGUGCAAUGUUUAAAUGACCUCUGGUCCUACAGAAAUGCAUCAUGACACAGGCGAUAUGACUUGCUAAAACACUUCCUGGCAAAUAAAAAGGUAUUUUAUUAAGUAUCUUGUAAGAGUGAAAUUUUAUUUGAAUAACCAAUGAUAAUAGCCUAAGUCUUUUUUUACUUUGGUUAGACAUACUGAGUUUCUGUUUUAAAAUCCAUUGCAUGGGAGUUCAGUUUGCCUUGAGACAUGCAGUGCAUAUGGCCACUGUAAAGCGAAUUCAAGUGACUGUCCUGCAUGGCAGCCAUAGUUCUCAAAGGGUUUGUGUGGCUUCUGGCGUCCAGCCAUCUGUUUGGUUACUGACAGAGCCAAGACACCACCAAAGCAUCUCACUGUGGAGUGUCAUUUGUCCUAACAUCAGUGCCGUCAUUUUUGUGCGACCUGUGGAGCAGGUUCGUAUCAAUAGUUUUUUCCUAGUGAAAAGUCAGCAACUGACAGACCUCUUUAUUGAUUUUCAGGAAGCUGCUUCUCAUGAGGAAAAGCUUUCAAGCCACUGGGCUGUGAACUCAUUAGGGAUGGUCAGAAGGGACACACCCUAUGACUCAGACACUGGCUUUUCAGAAAAGCCAGCUUCCUGGGGGAUUAGCUUUUGAAACAAUGAACAGCUUGCCUUGACCUUGAUUGUUGAUCUGUUGAUUGUCAUUAACAACUUAAACAUUGUCUUUUGUGAAAAUUUCUCUUGAACAGUCCUAUUCUAUGUCUUUGCCCUUUGACCUUUAACUUGCAAACUGGCAGAAAUGAAAGGAAAUCUGGUGUUGCUUCUCCAUUGGAAGGUUAAUUAUUCUCUGAAAACCAGUGAGGGUGAGCUGUUUCCUUCAAGUGGAGAGGG